CGCCCGCGGGUCGGCAGCCUCACUCUGGCUCGCGCCGCGCCCCCGCGCCUAGUCCGCGCGUCAGUCGGUGCGGAGCGCGGCUGCGGAGGUGCGGGCUGCAGCCGGCGGAGCGCGCCAAGUCGGGGAGGCGGCGGUGUCUGCGGCUGUCGCCUGAGGGGGCUCGGAAUCCGGAGGCUCGCGCGCCGCGAUGGCCCCUAUCGGCCUCAAAGCCGUGGUCGGAGAGAAAAUCAUGCAUGAUGUGAUAAAGAAGGUCAAGAAGAAGGGAGAAUGGAAGGUGCUGGUAGUUGAUCAGCUGAGCAUGAGGAUGCUCUCAUCCUGCUGCAAGAUGACAGACAUCAUGACUGAGGGGAUAACAAUUGUGGAAGAUAUCAAUAAGCGCAGAGAACCGCUGCCCAGCUUGGAGGCUGUGUAUCUCAUCACGCCAUCUGAGAAGUCUGUCCACUCUCUCAUCAGUGACUUUAAGGAUCCACCUACAGCAAAGUACCGGGCUGCACAUGUCUUCUUCACUGACUCUUGUCCAGAUGCCCUGUUUAAUGAGCUGGUAAAAUCUCGAGCAGCCAAAGUCAUCAAAACUCUGACAGAAAUCAACAUUGCGUUUCUCCCAUAUGAAUCCCAGGUAUAUUCCUUAGACUCUGCUGAUUCUUUCCAAAGCUUCUACAGCCCCCACAAGGCUCAGAUGAAGAAUCCUAUACUGGAACGCCUGGCCGAGCAGAUUGCAACUCUGUGUGCCACCUUGAAGGAGUACCCUGCUGUGCGGUAUCGGGGGGAAUACAAGGACAAUGCUCUGCUGGCUCAGCUAAUCCAGGACAAGCUAGAUGCCUACAAAGCCGAUGACCCAACGAUGGGGGAGGGCCCAGACAAGGCGCGCUCCCAGCUCCUGAUCCUGGACCGUGGUUUUGACCCGAGCUCCCCUGUACUUCAUGAGCUGACUUUUCAGGCUAUGAGUUACGAUCUGCUGCCUAUUGAAAAUGAUGUGUACAAGUACGAGACAAGUGGUAUUGGCGAGGCACGGGUCAAGGAAGUGCUCCUGGAUGAGGACGAUGACCUCUGGAUAACCCUGCGCCACAAACACAUCGCUGAGGUGUCCCAGGAAGUCACCCGAUCUCUGAAAGAGUUUUCUUCUAGCAAGAGAAUGAAUACUGGAGAGAAGACCACCAUGCGGGACCUGUCCCAGAUGCUGAAGAAGAUGCCCCAGUACCAGAAAGAGCUCAGCAAGUAUUCGACCCACCUGCACCUUGCUGAGGACUGCAUGAAGCAUUACCAAGGCACCGUGGAUAAACUCUGCCGAGUAGAGCAGGACUUGGCCAUGGGCACAGAUGCUGAAGGGGAGAAGAUCAAGGACCCCAUGAGAGCCAUUGUCCCCAUCCUGCUGGAUGCAAAUGUUAGCACCUAUGACAAAAUUCGUAUCAUCCUUCUCUACAUCUUUUUGAAGAAUGGCAUCACUGAGGAAAACCUGAACAAGCUGAUCCAGCAUGCCCAGAUACCCCCGGAGGACAGUGAGAUCAUCACCAACAUGGCCCACCUUGGGGUGCCCAUCGUCACAGAUUCCACUUUGCGUCGCAGGAGCAAACCAGAGAGGAAGGAGCGCAUCAGUGAACAGACCUACCAGCUCUCCCGGUGGACUCCAAUUAUUAAAGACAUCAUGGAGGACACUAUUGAAGACAAACUGGACACCAAGCACUACCCUUACAUCUCUACCCGCUCCUCUGCCUCUUUCAGCACUACUGCUGUCAGCGCCCGCUAUGGGCACUGGCAUAAGAAUAAGGCCCCCGGGGAGUACCGCAGUGGCCCCCGCCUCAUUAUUUUCAUCCUGGGGGGCGUGAGCCUGAAUGAGAUGCGGUGUGCUUAUGAGGUGACCCAGGCCAAUGGAAAGUGGGAGGUACUCAUAGGAUCCACGCACAUUCUCACCCCACAGAAACUGCUGGACACGCUGAAGAAAUUGAAUAAAACAGAUGAAGAGAUAAGCAGUUAAAAAAAUAAUAAUCCAUCUCUCCACAACCUGAAUCUUUUCCCCACAGUGCUCCAUGGCCUUGUUACUUUGCUGACCCAUUACCCCCCUCCUUCAGCUCUGCACGCUCUGGCCGGCACUGUUGCCGCUGCGUUCUCGUGUUUAUGAUGCCCUCUUCUCGUUUGAAACAAAAGAAAAUAAUGCAUUGUGUUUUGCUUUGUUUUGUUUUGAUUUGUUUUUUUUUAAAAAAAAAAAAACAAAAACUUCUAUAUGUAUCCUAAGAGGAGAAGCUCACAUGUAAGUGACAUGCUGCUGGAGAAGUUGGGAACUAUUUAGAAUGAAUGGACAUCUUCUCCCUGUUAGUUAAGACCCUGUGACCUUGUACAUAACCCAGUGCGAUAUGUGCUAAUUGCUUGAAUAUGGGAAGGUAGCUGUUUGGGUGUGUUUAAUAAUCUGUUUGGGGUCGUUUUGAUUCUUGUUGGGAAUCAGAGAUGUGUAUUCUUGGAGUAUUUCAGACUGAGGAUUCUAUGUUAGCAUCAACACCUGACACCUUCCUCCCUGCCCCCCAAAAACCCACCCCCUUCAUACACACACACACACACACACACACACACACACACCAGUCCCCACGUCUUAUCCAGAUAAGCUAGAAAGUGACAAUCAGGUGACAUCUCCUGAGACUUGAACUGGAACCCACCUCUUGGCUUUCUGCAGUAAUUUGGGCCUCUGGUGACAAGGAUGGGGGUGGGGGCUGGCAUCCUCUCCUUCCACAGCCUGUCUCCUGCCAGCCCCAUAUCCACCUUCUGUGGCCGAGGGAGGUUCUGUAGUCACCAAGUCCAGAUAAGUGAAGAGUAGACUCCUUCCACACUAAACUGUCAUCUCUUUUGGAGAAGCAGCUAGAUGACUGACCUGGCCCCCAAUAGGGCUCCUUUUUCUUUGUGGGACCAGCCUGCAUAGAGCUCAGUAGGCAGGAGUGGACUAGGACAGAAGGGAUUCUGGAGGCUUCUGGUCAGAAGGCUCUUUCCUUAGAGAGGCUUCAGGCCCCUCUGACUUCAAAACAGUGGGAGAACAGCAUUAGGGGCUCCCACAGAACCAUACCCCUUCAGAGCAUCCUCAGUUUAAGAUACUUCAUGAUAUUUAAUUUUGUGUUGUGUGGGGUCAUGUGUCAUCAUGCUUGUUAAGAGAAAACUAUCAUUUUAAUCUCUGUAUAAAAACUUAGCUGUAUAAAACUUAGCUCCAAAGCAAAACUUACAGAAGCUAUUGCAGGAAGGGUGCCUCAUCAUCCUCAAGACUCAGCAGUUCUCUGUUCUCCAGAGUUGAGCGGUCCUUUGCACCGCUGCUGUUGUGAAAUAUAAAGACAGUGGAAGUCACAAAAAUGUCCCUGCCCAGUCCCCUGCCGCCUUUGAGCCCCCGCAGACUUGUGAAUAUUCCUGUCCUGUGAUGUCUUGCAAAUGUGGUGUAUGCUAGUUCAGUUUGCCCUGCUUUCCUUUCAGAAUCCUUCAGACGCAUUGUGGUUUCUCUCCUCACAGCUCUGACUCUUCCCUCUGCACUCAGAUUAGUUUCAGGUCUCUUCUCUGUCUCCCUUCCUCCCCUUAAGAUAUCUUAUUUCCUUAGGACAGAAAUGUAGGUACUUGCGUUAAUUUGCUUCUUGCUGUUAUUGCUUGUUUUGUCCCUUCCCCUUGACCAAACUAUGCUCAUGCUUCAGGACCUUCCUUGUCAGAUACGUUGGUUUUCCUUUCUGUUAUUUAUAUAAAAAUAAUUUAUGAAAAGGAUAUUUAAAAAAAAAAAAGCUAGUCUGUCUUGAAACUUGUUUACCUUGAAAUUAUGAGAAUCUCAGUGUUUGAAAGUAUUGAAGCACAAACAUGUAUCAUCUCUGUACCGUUCUGUACUAAAGCACUUGAGUCUAAUAAAUAAAUAAAUCAGUGCCCA